AGCAGUCGCUUGGACGAGGAGGAGAUCAGAGGCAGUGGCCACUACAAAUAUACGGGUGCUUAUUCUUUUGGCGUUGAUAGCUGGGACAGUGCUGGGGCCCGAGAUGGAGGAGGAGCAGCAGCAGCAGCCGCAGCCUGACCCGAGGAGGCCUCGCCCACCCCCGCCUGCUCCCCCGCGGCCGAGGCCACCAGUGCCACCCCCGCAGCCUCCGCAGCCACCACCAGCUCCACCUGCUGGACCCAAGAUGCUGGUUAUCGGUAGUCGGGUUUAUCAGCUAGUCCAUCUGGGAACCUAUGUAAUCAAACCGCUGCAUGGUCUGGAUGCGGAUACACAGGCUCCGGACCCAAGAAACCCUGGCAAUGGUGCUAGGAACUUCACUUCGAGCGUCAGCAGUCCAAUGGUUUCUGCUGGAGCCGCUGCUGCAGAUCCAGAAAAUAAACGGCAACCAAGCUGA